AUGAGGGGGGCCCAAUGGAGAAGGGUCCCCUGGGUGUUCCUGAGCUGCUUAUGUUUCUGCCUCCUUUGGCCAAUGAUCCUGGGAACCAUCACCACCUCGGUGAGGAUAGGCAGCCAGAGAAGGACAACACCAUCACCACCCUCAACAACCUCCCAGACUCGUACAACCCUGUCUCCUAGAACAUCCAUAGGCACACACUCAACACCUGCUCCAGUCCCUGUCAAGCCCAAGAAAGGUGUUCCCCUCUUCCCCUAUGGGCCAAGUGUUGGAGAUCGGGAGUUUGUCAAGAGGAUCUCGGACUUCACCUCGCCACUCUUCAAGCCCCAGAUUGGCUUCCCUCUUGGCUUCUCUCUCCGGGAUUAUCUCUAUUUCACAGAUAAUGGGCAGAUCAUCUUCCCGGAGUCAGAGUACCAGGUUUUCUCCUACCCCAAUCCCCCUCGUAGAGGCUUCACAGGCCGGGACCCCGUGGCCCUGGUGGCUCCAUUCUGGGACGAUGCUGAUUUUUCCACUGGCCAGGGAACCAUAUUUUAUCAGGAAUAUGAGACACUCUAUAAUGAACACAACCUGCUAGUCUGGCAGGUGGAGUCUUGGAUUAAAAAGUUCACCUACACCUGGAACUACAAAGCAAGAUGGACCCUAAAGGUCACGUGGGUCAAAGCCCCUGCCUAUCCCGCCCGGUGGACCUACGGGACCAACACCUACCAGGCCAUCCUUUCCACGGAUGGGAGCAGGUCCUACGCCCUGUUUCUUUACCAAAAUGGCGGCAUGCAGUGGGAUGUGACCCAACGCCCAGGCAACCCGGUCCUCAUGGGCUUCUCCAGUGGAGAUGGGCAUUUUGAAAACAGCCCACUGACAUACCAGCCACUGUGGAAGAAGUAUCUACCAGACCAAUUCCUGAAUUCCAACUCAGGCAUCCGGGGCCUGCAGGUCUAUAGCCUACACGGGGAAGAAAGGCCCAACUACCGUCUCCGGUGCCUGCAGUGGUUGAAAGAGCCUCGGGGGCCCACAUGGGGCUGGAACCAGAUCUCCUGCCCUUGCUCCUGGCAGCAGGGACUAUGGGAUUUAAGAUUCCAGCCCAUCAGCAUGGGCUGGUGGGGCCUCGGCAGCAGGCAGCUGUGCAGCUUCUCUUCCUGGCGCGGGGGCGUAUGCUGCAGCUACGGGCCCUGGGGCGAGCUCCUCCAGGGCUGGACAGUGCAUGCUCCUUGGCAAUUUGACCAGGAACUGGAGCCAUGGGACUGGUGCUGCCGCUGGAACGACAAGCCGUCCUUCUGUGCCCUGUACCACCAAAGGCGACCGCGUAUCGGCUGUGCUGGGUACCGGCCCCUGCGGCCCGCCUGGAUGUUUGGGGACCCGCACAUCAGCACCUUGGAUGGUGCCAACUUCACCUUCAAUGGGCUGGGGGACUUCCAGCUGGUCCGGGCCUGGGAUGGAAACUCCUCGUUCCUGCUGCAGGGCCGCACCGCCCAGACCGGCUCUGCCCAGGCCACCAACUUCAUCGCCUUUGCAGCUAAAUAUGACACCAGCCAACUGGGCCCCAUCACAGUCCGAUGGCUCCUUGAGCCCAAUGACACAAUCCACGUGCAGGUCAAUAACCAGACUGUGACAUUUGAGACUAACCAUGAAGACCCAGAAGGCCCGGAGACGUUCAACACCACUGGCAUCAUCGUGACCCGCAAUGGCUCGCUGGUGUCAGCCAUCUUCGAUGGGACCGUGACCAUCUCAGUGAUUGCCCUCUCCAACAUCCUCCAUGCCUCCUGCGGCCUCCCGGAGGAGUAUCGAAACCGCACAGAAGGCCUCCUGGGAGUCUGGAAUGACAAUCCAGAUGAUGACUUCAGGAUGCCCAACGGCUCCACCAUUCCCCGCGAUAGCACCGAGGAGUUGCUUUUUCAAUAUGGAAUGACUUGGGAAAUCAGUGACAUAAGGCUCCUUGGCAAGAGAGAUGACCACCUGCCUUCCAACUUCACCCCUGUCUUUUUUUCCCAAUGGAGGGGAAAUGAAACCUCUGGUAACAACCUGGUCUCCGAGUGCGACGGAGACAAACAGUGCAUCUAUGACAGCCUGGCCACAGGAAGCAGAAGCACUGGCCUGAACACAAAGAUGCUCUUCAGAAGUUACCAGAAGAUGAACACCACCCUCAAUAAGUACCCACCCUCUAUCAAGGGUCAGCAAGUGCUGGAAGCCUACAUGGGGCAGACCACGCGGGUUCAGUACACCAGCCACUCUAAGAGUGUCACAUUCACUUUGAGGAACAGCAGCACUGACUUCAGGAUCUUUGAGAAUGGGACUCUGCUAUGGACGCCAAAGUCGUUGGAACCAUUUGCUCUGGAGAUUCUAGCAAGAAAUAUCGAAGACAACUUGUCCUCUGUACUCCAGCCAAAGACAGUGGUCUGUGCCUGCAGGAAAGAGAGCCAGUGUGUAUACAACCUGACCAGCUGGGUGGGCGGUUCCUCCCUGGAGGUGGCAGGCUGCAAGUGUGACGGGGACACCUUUGGCCACUACUGCGAACGCUCCAAGAACCUCUGUGAGGAGCCUUGCUUCGAGAGUGUGCAGUGCAUUCCUGGGAAGGGCUGCGAGGCCUGCCCUCCACACCUGACUGGGGACGGGCGUCACUGUGCAGCUCUGGAGACCUCUCCCCUCUGUCAGAACAAGUCCUGCCCUGCGAAUUACUGUUACAAUCAGGGACACUGCUAUAUCUCCCAGGCGCUGGACUGCCAGCCCGUUUGCACCUGCCCCCCGGCCUUCACAGACACCCGUUGCUUUGUGGCUGGGAACAACUUCACUCCAACCCUCCAUCAAGACCUUCCCUUAAGAAUCAUCCAGCUCUGGGUCAGUGAAGAAGAAAAUGCCUCUGUGACAGAUGUCAAUGCCUCGGUGGCCUAUAGACUGCGCAACCUGAAUGUGCGGGCCUUUCUCCGGAACAGUGAAGUGGUACCUAGUGAUUCUGAGACAGUGCUGGCGUCCGGAAGUUUACUCAGACGCUGGAGGGUCAUCUCGGAGUUCCAGUACCUCCCUCAGGGUCCUGUCAUCGACUUCCUCAACACCCAGCUGCUGGAGGCAGUGGUGGUGGCAUUCUUACCCCAGGCCUCGUGGAGGCGGUGGAACAGAAGCAAGGAGCCCAGGACCGAUGUGAACUUCCACCCCAUCUCCAGAGAAGAUGUGAAGAGUUUGUUAGCUUUGAACGUGAGCGUGCUGAAGAAUUACUUCAACUGCAGUGGCUACAAGGACUAUAAACUGGUCUACAGUCCCCAGAGUGGCCUCACCUGCGUGUCCCCAUGCAGUGACGGCUACUGUGAGCAUGGAGGCCAGUGCCAGCACCUGCCCCAAGGGCCCCGCUGCACCUGUGUGCCCUUCUCCAUCUACACGCCCUGGGGAGAGCGCUGUGAGCACCUGGGCAUGAAGCUCGGCGCCUUCUUCGGAAUCCUCUUCGGAGCCCUGGGCUUCCUCCUGCUGCUGGGGGCCGGGGUGUUUGUGGUCCUGCGCUUCUGGUGCUAUUGCGGGAACCACUACUCCUACCCUCUGGACUCAGAAAGUUGAGGCCUGGCCCCAGAGGGGCAGCAGCGGCCUAGGAUACCUCAGGACGCACCCAGCCUCACCCCGACGCCUGCUGGCCACGCUGUUCCUUUGAGGAGACCAGAAAGAAAAAGGUGCUUGAAGGCGACUCAGGAUUCUUCAAGGGGAUGAAUAAUAAUAAAGACAAGACCACACCUUGUCAGUAGACCCUGGGACAGACAGGAAGGGGUCAUAAAGACCACCUAGUUAAAGGAUGAAUUGUCUCACAAAUGUACCCACAAGAAGGACACUGAUGCACAA